AAAUGUUACCUAAAUAUUGUCUCGUCACCGCAGUUGUAAAUCGAGUCUCAAUCAUGGCGCACGCGGAGGAAACGUUACGUAAUCUGUUGAACACGGAGCUCGACACCCGCGGCUAUAAACCACGAGACGUCGCAAUCAAAGCGAUAUCCACGAACGGCGCCAAUUAUACCUCACAAUUGUUCCUCGUCGAUGUCACAUCUCCCGGCAGAGACGAUCUCCAUCUGUUCGCUAAAGUGGCAAUCAUCAACGAUGCGCUCAGAGACCGCAUGUGCGCUGACUGGUUGUUCGACACCGAGAAAUUCACGUAUACAAAGCUGGCGAAAGUGUACGACGAGAUGCAAAACAAAUUCCAAGUGCCGGCGGAGGACAGGUUGAUAUUCCCGAAGUUCUACGCUGUUAACGCGGAACAAGGGAAGGAGACAGUCAUCAUGGAGAACUUGGUAGCGUCUGGUUAUAAAUCAUUCAAUAGAUUCGAUUCUAUGGACUGGGAGCACGCUUGCGCAGGUGUCAAGAACUUAGCUUUAUUCCACGCCCUGUCGUUCGGUUACGCGAAGGAAUAUCCUGAGGAAUUUGAGAAGUUAUCUGCUAAUAUGAAGUAUAUGCUGGGUAAAGCGCCAGAAGAUAUAGAAGCGAUGAAGCCUCUGUGGAUGAAACUGAUCAAUUCAGCGCUGGCGGUGAUAAAAGAUGAUCAAAAGGAGAGAGUUGCUAAAUACCUAUCAUCGUGCCCUGAACUCUGCACGUAUAAUAUACCGAAAAGUAGAGCAGUGAUCUCACACGGGGAUUACAGGCUCAGCAAUCUGCUAUUUAAGAAACAGGGUACCAAAGUGGACGCCAUCUCGGUAGACUAUCAGACGGUGCACGCGGGGUGUCCAGCCACGGAUCUCAUCUAUUUCAUCUUCAUGGGCUCUGACGAAGAGUUCCGAGCCAAGAACUAUGAGAGAUUGCUGGAUUACUAUUACAGUACGCUGAGUAAGGCCAUGGAGAGGCUGUCUGUGGAUCCUGUGGAGGCUUAUCCAAGGGAAAUGUUUGAUAGCGAUAUGAAAGAAACGAUGCCCUACGCAGUGCUCAUUGGAGCUACGAUCCUGCCAAUGGUGACUGUAGAAGCUGAGUUAGCGCCCAACAUCCAGGACGAUGAUAUAAGCAAGUUCGUCUCGAUGUCGCCUAACGAACUAUUCGCGAAACGCUUUAGCGGCAUCGUCAAUGAUUGUUUGCGAUGGAAUGUUAUUUAGCUAAUGAACUGUGUACUGUUUUACUAAAAUCCCUGUGUUCUGUGUUGCUAUAAAUCUAUUUCGCUGGACU